AUGGAUGCAGUGACCCAUGAUGAUGUGCGUGUGAACUUCACUCAGGAAGAGUGGGCUUUGCUGGAUCCUUCCCAGAAGAGUCUCUACAGAGAUGUGAUGCUGGAGACCUACAGGAACCUCACUGCUGUAGCCUAUAAUUGGGAACACAAUAUUAGAGAAAAACACCAACGCUCUCGAAGACGAGGAAGGUAA